AUGUAUCCGUCUCAACCCAAUGGCGCCCUUCCGAAUAGAUCAAGUCAGACGGAGAAGCAACCUCACUCCAAAAGCGACCAUGACUCUCGUCGAGGUAGUCACGCUUCCAACGAAGGCAAAGCUGCAGUGAUCUUACUCGAAGGUCGACAGAAAGACAUGGUUACGCAGCUUAUUCUUGAGGAACAAGAAGAGGGGGCGGAAAUCAAAGCACUCGAAGACAAGAAAGGAUGGAAGUUCACAAGCACCACAGCUGGAAAGAUGUUCUUGCGGAUUCAAGAUAAAGAUACGAAAACUUUCAUUGAAUGUAAUGACUUUGCAAGGGAUUGUGAGAAGGCUAUCCGAACGGAUCCGAGGAAGAAGGGGGCACAUGUUCUGAGUCUUGCUACUUUGCUGACCCCGGAUAAGAAAGCACAGCAUUUGAAAAGAUUGAUUGCAUUGUUAUCAUCAAAAAACAAGUACGCCCAAUACUGGACAGUUGGGGAUCUUCCAGAUGAAUGGUUUAAAAUCGACGAUGCGGUCCUGUGUUCGAAAGAAGAACAAGGGGUGCUAUUAAAAGAGGUUGAUAAGAAGAAGAAGAUUCUUGAGAAAUCGAAAAGCAGCAAGGUGGAAGUUGAUGGGAAAUCCAAAGAACGCCGAGUACUAAUAGAUACGAUCGAAAGGAAAAAGAAGAGCCAUGAGAAGUCAAAAAUUGGCAAGGUGACAGUUGACGAGAAAUCCAAAGAUGAAAGCCGGGUGUUGAUAGAUACACUCGAAAAGAAAAUGAAAGUUUUUAAGAAGUUGACAGGCGGCAAGGUAGAAGUUGAUGGGAACUUCAAAGAAGAACCCCGCGGACUAAUAGAUGAGGUCGAAAAGAAAAAGAAGAUUUUUGAGAAGUCGACAAGUGGCAAGGUGGAAGGUGAUGGGAAAUCCAAAGAAGAACAACAGGUACUAAUUGAUGAGGUCGAAGAGAAAAGGAAGAUUUUCGAGAAGUCGACAAGCAAAGUGGAAGUUGGUGGGAAAUCCAAAGAUGGCAAUGUGCAAACUAAGAGAGUUCUUGAGAAGUGGGCAAGUAGCAAGGUCGAAAUUGACGAGCAGUCUAAAAAACGUCGGGUCCUAAUAGAUGAGGUCGAAAAGAGAAAGAAAGUUCUUGUGGAUGGGAAAUCAAAAAUCGAGAAUGUGCAAGCCAAGAAGAGGCAUGGAAUCCAGUAG